AUGGCGGCGGGCAGCAGCACAUCUUCCUCCCUGACGUCAAAUACCCUCACAUUUGCGCCCGGCAUGGCCGCUCAGCUCCCCAACGGCGGCGUCGUCGACGUAAAGGCCCUCUUCGACAACCUGGACGCCCAGAACCGACACGCCUUUCUCCAACCGCCGCCCGCGAUCCCGUCCGCCUCUCUGCAGGUCGUCAAGGACACGCUCGAUGCGUUCGCCGGCCAGAUUAGCGACGAGCAGCUGCGCCUGCUCAAGGAGGCGACGAAGAAGCGCAAGCGGGCUGACGGCGGCGGCGCGAGACCCGAUGUUCUCAAGAUUCGCAAGGUCCAUGUUGACGGGUUCGAGACGAGCCAGGUCUGGCAGCAGGCCCGUCGUAUCAUUCAGAGCGCUUUGAACCACUCCAAGGAGACACUACAGGAGCUCGAGGACCGGAAUGAGGUUGUCACGAACGAGGACAAUGGUUCAGAGAGCUCUAUUCUCUCUUUCGAGACGGCUUCCGAAGAUAUUGACGACGACGAAGAGGGCUCCAGUGACGAGGAAGAGCUGUCAGGCUCUGAUCUGGAAGACGCCGAAGAGGACUCUGAUGCGGAGGAGCUCGAGGGCUCGGACGUUGAGGGUCUCACGGGUGAUCUCGAAGACAUGGACGAAGACAAUGAGGAAGAGGAUGGCGAAGAAGACGAGGAGGAAGAAGAGGAUGAUGAGGAGGAAUACGUUGAGGAUCCCAACGGUCUCAACGACGGUUUCUUCUCAAUCGACGCCUUCAACAAGCAAACCCAGUGGUUCGAAGAGCAGGACGCGCGAGGAGACCCCAACACGGACGCCAACAGCGACGACGAAGACAUCGACUGGAACGCCGACCCCAUGGCACCAUCAGCCAAGUCCAGCUCAUCAAAAAACAAGGACACGGACAUGGAUAUGGAAGACGACGCCGGCUCGGACGAGGAGGACUCGGAAGACGACGGGCCCACAUUCGGCGACAUGGACCUCAACGCCCCCGAGGGUGCCAGUGAUGACGAGGACAUGGACGACGCCAUGGACAACGAGGAGGAGGAGUUCAACGCGAACGGCAUCUACUUCAAGGACUUCUUCGCGCCGCCGGCGAAGAAGGCGUCCAAGGACGGCAAAUACAAGAAGAACAAGUCCGUGCGGUUCGCGCCCAAGGCGGUCCAGGAGGAGGACGUCGAGCGCGCCAUGGCGGACGUCAAGAAGGACCUCUUUGACGACGACUCUGACCACGGAGACGACUCGGACGACGCCCUGUCCGACGCCUCGGCGGGCGACCCGCGGUCGCGCCGGUCCGCGCACGAGAGGCGCCAGGCCAAGCUCGCCGAGGAGAUCCGCAAGCUCGAGGCCGAGUCGGUCGCCAAGCGCCAGUGGACCCUGACCGGCGAGGCGUCCGCCGCCGAGCGCCCGAUGAACUCGCUGCUCGAGGAGGACAUGUCGUUUGAGCACCUGGGCAAGCCCGUCCCCAUCAUCACGGCCGAGGUCAGCGAGAGCAUCGAGGAGCUCAUCAAGCGGAGGAUCCUGGCGCAGGACUUUGACGAGGUCGCCCGGCGCCGGCCCGGCGCGGAGAACAUGCCCGAGAACACGCGCCGGGGCCUGGUCGAGCUGGACGACGCCAAGUCCGGCAAGGGCCUGGCGGAGAUCUACGAGGAGGAGCACGUCAAGAACGCGGACCCGGACAACUACGUCAGCAAGUCGGACGAGAAGCUCGCCAAGGAAGAGGCGGAGAUCGAGCGCAUGUGGAAGGACCUGAGCGCCAAGCUGGACUCGCUGAGCAACUGGCACUACAAGCCCAAGGCGGCGGCGCCGUCGCUGACGGUGGUGUCGGACGCGGCGACGAUCGCGAUGGAGGACGCGCAGCCGGCGACGGCGCAGGGGGUCAGCGGCGGGCAGAGCAUGAUCGCGCCGCAGGAGGUGUACAAGGCCGGCAAGGAGACGGCGGAGAAGGGCGAGGUGGUGCUGGGCAAGAGCGGGCUGCCGAUGGCGCGGGAGGAGAUGUCGCGGGAGGACAAGGUGCGGCGGCGCCGGCGGGAGAAGGAGAGGAUCCGCAAGGCGGGCGGGACGGACAAGAAGCCGCUCGGCAAGAAGGCGCAGAUGCAGAAGGACACGAUGGCGGAUUUGAAGAAGGGCGGGGUCAAGGUGAUCAACCGCAAGGGCGAGGUUGUCGGGCUCGACGGGAACAAGGCCAAGGCGGAGGUCAAGGCGACGAGCAGCAGCUUCAAGUUGUAG